CAAUUUUCCCGGGAAGUUAUUUGCGUUCAGUAUAACACUGUACUUUAAGUAUUCAAUCUGUUAUAUUUUCGCAAUUUGAAAGUAAAAUUAUGAAAGGUGGUGUUAUAUUUCUCAAAAACCGAAUUUUGCAAACAGGGUAGUCUCCUUGAAAAGUUAAAUUCAUCAGUUUAUUGAGUUGAAGCCUUUCGUGGUGUUAGGCUGCAUGUAGAAGAUGCCCCAGCCAGAGUUGUCGCUGCACUUUGUUCUUCGCAAGGGUGAGACGAGCGAUACGUGCGCCCAGGACCUGCGUGAUGCCUUCAAGGCUUGCGAGGAGCUGCAGCUACAGCCUGUCUGGCAGACGGAGGAGCAGUGUCGCGGCCAGAAGAGCAGCCGUAAGGACGUGUUCGUCCUGGACGUGUUCGAGGGAGAGCUGUUCUCGUCGCUCAAGACCCCGCUGUGUGUGAUCGUGGGCGCGCGCUGCCUGCUGACAUGCCUGCGCAGGAACAUCAGCAUCCCGGACACGAGCCUGCCCGUCUACACGGCGGCCAUGCACGGGCUGUCUGUCACCACCACGCAGCUGGACUCCGACCUCAAGGCGGAGGUCCGUCAGCUGGUCGCCAACAUGGGCGGCGUGUUCUGCAACAGCCUGCGCGGCUGCGUCACGCACGUCGUCGUGGGGAACGUCAUCAGCGUCAAGUGCGAGGACUCCAAGAAGAAGAAGGUGCGGCUGAUGAGCGUGGAGUGGGUGCGUGCCGUGUGGGAGGCGAGUCUCUCGCGUGACGUGCUCGCCACGGACGAGGAGUUCGAGCGGUACCGCUGUCCCUUGUUCCACGGCGUGGUUGCCACCUGCACCAAGCUGCGCACCGCGGAGAAGAAGGAGCUGGCUGCGCUCAUCUGCGAUCACGGCGGGGUGUUCACCGGCCACCUGGACGCCACGACCACCAACCUGCUGGUGGUGGGCGACCCCACGGGCGACAAGUACCAGUGCGCGCAGCAGAGCGACAUCUCGUGCCUCAGCAUGCAGUGGGUGCGAGACUGCGUGGCCGCCCAGGACAUCAUGCCCUUCGAGGACUACGUGGUGCACAAGGGCAAGCGCUGCUCCACGCCGGAGCUGGGCCAGUCCAAGUUCCUGCCGGACUUCUCCACGCUGAGCUCCAUCGAGGGCCGGCCGGCGCGCUCGCACGUGGACGAGACGCUGAGUGCCACGGUGUGCCCCGGCCCCGAGCCCCCCUGCGCUCCCCUGCGGAACCUGGCCGAGGCGGAGCAGGUGGAGCAGGUGAUCCAGCAGCUAGUGGCAUCCAAGAACUGCUCUAGAGCUCCGUACCUCGAUGGUUGCAAGGUCCUGCUGAGCGGCUUCUCGACGCGGCAGCUGGACGAACUGCGACGCGUGCUGAACUGGGCUGGAGCAACGCGCUACGACGAGCUCUCCGAGACCCUGACUCACGUCAUCGUCGGCAGUGCGAGCGGCACCGAUGCCAGACUCGUCACCACCCUCGCGCACAGGCCCCACGUGGUGAACGUGCUGUGGCUGGCGGAGAGUGCACGGCUGAAGUGUCCCGCGCCGGAGCAGCAGUUCCUGUGCCACCACGGGGCAGCCCCUAGCGAGCCGCCCUCUCCGCUCGUCAAGAAGGGAGUGGCAGCCCUGCAGCGCAGCGUGGACCGCAAGGUGCCGGUGUUUCCCCUGCUGGAGCCGGCUCGGCCGGGCUCGGCGGGGCCUCCCGAGUCGCGGCCCGAGGAGCUGGUGCAGCAGUACCUGCACUCGCAGCCAGGAGAGGAGGCGGGGGGGAGCGGUCCUAGUGGCCCGGCUGAUACCAGCGACUCCCUGCCCUGCGCUGACGCUGAGGACAGUUCGUCUCGUGCAGAGUUCACGGAGCAGACCUUCUUCCAAGGGCUGGUGUUCGAGGUGUUGGGCUACGAGGAGGAGCAGGAUGUGGAGGACCUGAUAGCGGAGACGGUGCUGGCGGCGGGCGGACGUCUCGCACGGAACUCGCAGCCUGUCGACUAUGCCAUCACGCCCUGCGUGGUGAACCGUGGCUUUUCCUGUCGUGCGCGUCACGCCGUGUCUUGCCUCUGGCUGGAGGAGUGCAGCGAGCAGAAGUGCGUGCUGCCGGAGCCGGUGGACUACUUCUACCGCGCGGUGCAGGUGAGCCCGGCCUCGCGGCCCCUGGCGGGCUGCGUGCUGACGCCCAGCGCGUACUGCGGCCGCGAGCGGACCUUCCUGGUGCACCUCAUGCAGGCCCUGGGCGCGCGGGUGCAGCACGUGUUCUCGAGAGUGGCGGUGGUUGACAAAGACUUGCUGCCUGCCUCGCACCUCAUCACCCAGGACACCAGCUCUCAAAAGUUCCGCGCAGCCGUCAAGUGGCACCUGCCCGUGGUCACCCACGAGUGGCUGCUGGCCUGCGCGGCCGAGGACCGCCGCGUCCCAGAGGACGCCUUCCUCGUGUCCCCCGACGCCAGCAGCGGCAGCACCUCGCACAAGGCUGCAGACAGCGUCACUCCGAGUAGAGCGGCUGACGACACGGGGGACGAGCGGCCGGGCCCCGCAGGCGGGGCCUGCACCCCGGUGGCACGGCGGGGCUCCCUCGCCGCCGGACUGCAGCCGGCCGUGUUCACACCGGUGGACAGCCGUCGCCUGGGGCUGCUGCUGACCCAGGAGACGCCCCUGAGGCACGACGGGGCGGGCCACUCCCCCGACACCCCCCAGCACCCCCACCACAUCUCCACGCCGGAGACUCCGUACGGGCAGUUCCUGGGACCCGACCCGUCCCCGGAGACGCGCAAGAAGUGGAAGCGAUGGCUGGACAACGUGCCGGUGCUCUUCGAGCAUGAGCAGCAGCCCAAGAGACGUCGCGACAGCACGCCUCUGUCGGAGCUGAAGCGCCGUCUCUGGGAGUCGGUGCUGCCAGGAAAACAGGGAACUGGGGCCGAGCGACCCGGGGCAGAGACAACGCCCCCCGAUGUGCCCCACUGCCCCGAGCGACCCGGGGCAGAGACACCGCCCCCUGAUGCGCCCCACUGCCCCGAGCGAUCCGGGGCAGAGACACCGCACUGCCGGAACAGAGACUCCGGCAUGCUCGGACACCCAGAGACCCUGCAAGAGCCCGUGGACGCAAUGACGCAGAGCGAUGGACCGAGCACGCCGGAUGCAGGCACGGUGGCUGGACCGGGCGUGCACACGCAGAUAGUGCGACUGAACGAGGCGCUGUCGGCCAGGAAGCAGGAGGGGGCAGGGGCGAAGCGCCGGCGCUGUCUGGACGCAGACAGGUCGGACGCCUCUGCAGAGGAGCCGGCCCCCUGCGACCACAGCAGCGAGUACAAGGCCCUGAUGGGCGUCGAGGUGCCCACGGAGAUCGCGGUCACGUGGGAGUACAGGCAGAACUCCGAGCAAUCGGAGCCACAGACGCAGUCGCAAGGUGCAGUCAGCAUUCCGCGGGUGUUCUCGCUGUCUGGCAUGGAUGCACAGCGCGCACACUACGAGCUCCUGGUCGGGGCGCUGGGCGGCGCGGUGUCCCAGAGCAGCAGCUACGACCCGGCGUGCACGCACCUGGUGUGCGAGCGGCUGGCUCGCAGCGAGCGCAUGCUGGGCAGCAUCGCGGCCGGCAAGUGGGUGCUGCACCCCAGCUACCUCUCGGACAGCCAGCGCGCCGGCCGCUUCCUGCCGGAGGAGGACUACGAGUGGGGCGGCCCGGUGUGCCCCGCGGGGCGGGAGCUCACCCCUGGCUCCAUGGCCCACUCCCUGGCCAGCGCAGCGCACCGCUGGAGGAGCCGGGUGGCGCGCGACGGCCGGGCAGCGUUCAGCGACCUGCGUGUGCUGGUGCACGUGGGCAAGGAGCGCCAGGAGCAGUUCAAGCGCUGCGUCCAGGCGGGCGGCGGCCAGGUCGUCCUGCUCAGCGACUGGUGCUCGGCCAACGUGUGCAUCGUGGACGUGAACAAGGUGUCGCUGGAGAAGCCCAUCAGCCUGGCCGUGUUCGUGCGCAACAACAUUCCCCUGGUGCCCACGCUGUACCUGCACGAGUUCCUGGUCCGAGACCCGCCCCCCGGCCCGGCCGAGUUCGCCAUUCCUGAGUACAAGGAGCUGAGCCGGCAGCGCCAGGCCUCGGCCCAGUCGUAGCUCUCCCUCGCUGUGACCAGAUUUCAUGGGUUUAUUUAUAGUCUAAUUGCAUUUUUAAAACAAGGGAGCUCUUUUUUAUGAACUCUGAUAAUGUAUAAAUAUAGCAUAUUAUAAGCAAAUGUGACUCUUAAAUGAUAUCACAUAAUACUUAGUUCACCAAAACAGUUUGUUAUUUUGUAAUGAGCAUUUUUUAAAAAAUAAAUAUGCAAGUAAUUGUGUUUUUGAAAACUUCACCAAUGCCGUAAUGUAAAAAUGAGUUAAUAACAACAGUGAAAUGAUCAGAAAUUUUUUUUAGAAAUUCAAUCUAUUUAGUACAUCAAUUUGGUACAACCUUCAUCCAGAACAUGUUACAUUCUUCGAGUUUAAUUUACUACAAGAAAUCAGUUUUUGUGAUUUCAGUUAAAUUUUUGAUUGAAAAUGCUGAUUAUUUAAUGAUUUUUAGGGAUGGGGCGAAUCCUGAUUUCCUCGAAUCCGAAUCCUAACUCGAAUCCUCGACUGGAAUUGCCGAAUCUCGAACCCAAACCCGAAUCUUUUAAUAGAUGAUGUCCACAUAUCUAAUGUAAGUGAGAUGUAUUCUGCUUGCACUAAAAGUCCCUUGACUUUAUCACAUGUAGUUUGGUACAUUUCUGGUAUAAGUGUAUAUAAAGACAACAAUUUUUUCUUAAAAAAUUUCAGUUUUAGUACAGAUUAGCGGUUAGGAUUUUUUCUAUAAAUAAGCUAGAGGUCUGCGAGCCUAAGAAUUUUACUUCGAGCCGAGCUCGAGCUUUUGUGGUACAGUUACACUUUUGGGAAAUUAUUUUUAUCUUAAACUUAAUAUCAUGUCUGAAUAAAGUAUUAAAAUGAAGUGGGCUUAUUAAUUUUGGGUAACUAUUUACAGUGUGUGUUUACAUUUUGCACUGCUAGAAUAAAAAUAACAUUUUUUUUCAUUGAAUCUUACCUGUUUCCAUUGGUUCAUUAGUAACUGAUAUCAUCCAACUAACAUAACCAAGUAUAUGUUUGUGUAAAUGUAACAUAUCUUUGGAAAAAUUUCACCCUUGUCAAUUUUUCUGGAGUCCUUACUGAGCUUCAACAAACUUAGCACCAAAAAUCAUGUUGUUUGAAAAGUACAUUCACAUUGUUUCAACAUUUCCACUUUUCAGCACAAUAAUUCUGAGAGAGAUUGUCACAGAGUAUUAAAUUCUGUUCUUUAAUCUAUCAUUCAGAACAAUAAUUUGUUCUGAACGUUCAGGAGAUAAAUUAGCUCUACGAUUGGAGAUAGUGUUUCCAGCAGAAGAGAAGCAUCUCUCGCUGGCAACCUGCUUGGCUGGAAUGCUUUAGUAAAAUUGCUUAACCUCAAAAUUAGUGUCAUAAAUAUCUGUAACUGGUCAUUAAAGUUUAAUCAAUAGAAAGUAAUAAAAAUAAAAACAUUUUACUUGAUUCAAUUUACACUUGCAAAAAAAACAUACACACAAUAAACCUACAUGGAAAUUAAAGUCUUUUUCAAUAUCCUGAAGUCUGAAAUAUGUUUACUCAUGUCAUUAAAUGUAGAGCUGUAUUGAAGAAGCCGAUUUUGCCAAUAUUUAGUUGAAUCGGCAUUUCUGCCGACUUCCGAUACAGUACGCUCGUUAAUUUUCGGCCGAUAUUACUGAAAAACGAAAGACUGCCAUAACCUAAAAAUCCACGAGUACCAUUCUCACUUUUCGUAGUAGUACUGCAUUCUUUCAGAUCGCAUUAUUUCUUAGCAACAUGUGCGAACCGUACAUAUCAAAGUUUAACAUCCUUUUUUUUUUUUAACAAUGUUCUUUAAUUUAAUAUGUCAUAAAUAAAUAAUACAUUACUAUCACGGUAAACAUACAUCUCAGUUGUUACGGUAACUAUAGUGCAAAUAUGGUAGCUAUCAUGCUUCUGUAGUAAUUAUGGUAUUAUACAAAGAAUCUUUAGUUCUUUUUAUGGUAAUUAUCUUAAAAUAACUAUUGGGUUUGUACUGUAGUUAUGGUACAUCAUCCAUAUUUCUUCGUAUGUUGUUGUUCAUUUGUCUUUUCUUCAUAUUUACGUGUGCCAUUAUUUGAGACAAGAAGUUUCAGAAAAAAUUUUAACGGACAUUAUAUCACACAUUUAAUGGCGUAAAUGACGAGACCUCUGGCAAUUUAAACGCUUUAUACGGAAAUACCUACCAUGCGGGACCUCUUAAGCGAGUUUUACUGUAUUUUUUUCCCGUAAAUAGUAAAAACCGAAUCCUUUGACGAAUCCUAUAUCAGACCCGCCGAACCUUCGAAUCCCCCAGGAUUCGGCGGAUUCGGCGGAUAUUGGAUUCGGUCGCCCCAUCCCUAAUGAUUUUAGUUGCAUUUAGGUGCUCUAUGGUGUAACUUGCUUUUCUGGAUUUUGUCGCAAUUCAUCAUAUAAUUUUGUCCCUAGUAAUGAAGUAAAGCCAUUAUUUUAAUUUUCAAUAUUCACCAAAUCUUAGUGAUGCACCGAUUAUGCAGCCGAUUAAUCGGCAACUGCGAUUAUUGACCAAAUGCCGAUUAAUCGUAAUCGGCGAUUACCAGGUUAGGUUAUAACCGAUUGCCGAUUAUUGUAAAAUUUGUUGCUGAAACCCAUACGACUUGAAAGAAAAGAAAAUACAUUUAAAGUUUAAACCUUAAUAAUUUCUUGAAUUGAAACUACAAACGGCUGAAAUCUCUUAAGGGCAAGCUUCAAGGUCGCGGUUGUGAAUCACGGUCACCAGAUAGCUCUGGGGUGGAGCUGAGAGCGAGAGAUCGCAGACAGAGAUAAGACCGUGGCAGCGAGUGAGCAGAAGGGUGGAAGGGGGGCGCCGGCGGGAUCAGGUGUUCAUCCGGUGUUGCCAGCUCUGUGUCCAACUGAGGAGAACAGCCGCGUGCCUAGCUAGGGGCGGACGGUUAGGCGAGGCACACCCACUCAGCAGAGCUUCAGCACUAGAAGCCCGGUGCCCGGGACAGCCGGAAUCUUCAUUAGGCAUCAUAUAGAGCAGGAUUUUUUUGGAGAUGAAUUCUGAUAAUACGACAUUGAUAACGUUUUUUUUAAAUUAUAAUCCUACAACCAAUGGUCAGUUAAACUGAAAUCUAUUGCAUGUCACGUUCAAGGAUGACAUGCACUUACACGUCCCAUAACAUAAGCCCCGUCACUCUGGCGGGUUUUCCUACACACACAUUUCAUUUUAUGAACAAACCUAUUUUUUUUAAUUAAAAAUAUUUUAACUUAUCCACAUAAUGUAUGCGAAUAUUACACUUGUGACCAAAGGUUUGAAUUAUGUUUAUAUAUAAACAUGAUUAUAUAUAUAUAUAUAUAUAUAUAUAUAUAUAUAUAUAUAUAUAUAUAUACAAACAUAUAUAUAUAUAUAUAUAUAUAUACGAGUUAUAGGGCAGGACUAUUUUCAUAACAUUAAACAAUUUGUCAUUUAUUAAAAAAUUUAACAGUAGUCGAGAUGCGUUUCUUGAAAUAUAUUUAUUUAUUUCAAGACACAAAUAUUUCGUAAGAAAUAAAAUACGAUGUACAUACAUACAUAUACUUGCUACACAUUGGCAAUGUAACGAAAUGUAAAAAAUGAGGACCUAAUACAAGUAUGUAUUAAAACUUAGAGUUUAUAAAAGAAUUGCCAAGUGCAAGUACAAUAGGUAAAUCAAGUACUCCGUAUCGUUCAUGGAUAUGUGUUCUUAGCUUGCAAACUUGUAAACUGAAGUAAUCUGUUAAUUAGUAGUAUAAAAAUAAUUUAUUAUAAUUAAAUAUAGUAUUCCUUACACAGAAAAAAAAAUGUUUUUGGACAUUUUCACAAAAUUCCUUUAGAAAUCGGUUGCCAAGAAAUAUUUCGUAAUAUUACUAGAGAAAAUAUAGUAAAUUUCUACAAAACAUUGUUAUGGUUAUUUUUGAAUUUAUGAUUUGCGUUUUUCUAAACAAAGCUGGAUAUUUACUGUCGCGCUUACGAAUAUUGCAAUAUAAUAUUAUAUUACGACUUUUUUGUACAAGGGUACAUUUUUAACCCUUGGAAAAUGUAAUAAUAUUUAGAAAUUGGACUUCAUAAUUGUUUAUUGUGCUUUUGUGCGUGCGCAUUUAGUCGUGGAAAGUUAUACAGGGAAAUGUUUAUAAAUAACUGUAACUAAUUCAGGUACUGGGACAACCCAAAGAAUAAAUGCCCGGGCAAUAAUACAAUCCCACAUUUGCAGCGAUUUGCUUUCGUGCAAAUGUACAUAUUUACAAAUAUCUGUAAUUUUGUGUGCAUGAAUAUUUCAGUUUGAUUGAAAAAAAAUUACAGAGUACUGUCUAAGCUUUCCAGUAUAAGAAUCAACAGUGUUUCAGUCAUAUAUUGGCUGUAACGACGGUAAAGUUAUGCUUGACGAGCUGUCAACAAUUUUGCAGAUGCAGCGUUCCUAACGAACUAUAUAAUAUGUGAACAUGGAAAUUUUUAUAGUUGGUCUUUUAUGAUCUACAGGCCAGUGCGGACAAGACCUACAAUAAAUGCAGACUGACAAAUACCAGAUUAGACAAAACAAGGUUGGUUACCAAAUCUGUUAAACCUCUUACCUGAAACAGGGACGGAAAAGUAAAAAGAGGCGAAAGAAGUAUAGGAAUGUAUGUCCGGGCACAGACGCCGGCGCUGGUGACGGUGCCAGAUCAAUGACAGACCGACCUCUGACGUCACGGCGGCCAUCUUGGACUCAAAAGUUCCUCAAAAUGACUAAACAUUCCUCAAAAAUGACUCAAAAUUUGUAAAAAUUUCCCGUUUUUCAGGGAAAAAAAUUCCCGUCUUGAGGGAAAAUUUACCGUUUUUAGACCUUAAAAAUACCAGCGGCUAGAAAUAUCCAUAUUGAGGCUUAAGCAUCCAUGUCUACAGCUUCCGAUAAGCCUCUGACGUCAUCAUUGAAUAUGUCAUCAUGUAAUAAGACGUCACCGUUGCAAUUUCCGUUACGGCAGCCAUCUUAAAAAUCAUUAUUUAUUAUCCGAUUUUAAUGAAAAAAAUUAAAUUUUUUCAUAAAUAGCUUUUUUAUUAAUUUUUUAAUUUUUUCAUUAAAAUAGGAUAAUAAAGAAUGAUUUUCAAGAUGGCUGCCGUAACGGAAAUUGCAACUGUAACGUCAUAUUACAUGAUGACAUAUUAAAUUAUGACGUCAGAGGCUUAUCGGAAGCUGUAGACAUGGAUGCUUAAGCCUCAAUAUGGAUAUUUCUACCCGCUGGUAUUUUUAAGAUCUAAAAACGGUAAAUUUUCCCUCGAGACGGGAAUUUUUCCCUGGAAAAUGGGACAUUUUGAGUCAUUUUGAGUCAUUUCUGAGAAAUUUUAAGGAAUUUUUUAGUCCAAGAUGGCCGCCGUGACUUCAGAGGUCGGUCGGUCACUGACCCGGCACCGACACCAGCGCCUGGCGCCUGUGCCCGGACAUACAUUCCUAUACUACUGGCGAAUCGAAUCACAGCCAGUAUUAUCAGUCUGUAUAGGCCUAUAAAUAGAGAUAGGUAAAUUUCGCGCAUUCAUUUUGUCGCAAGCUAGUAUGAAAACAUUUAUACUGUUCCACUGAGUUCAUUUUUGGGCGAUAGUUAUUAGCUACCCCUCUGCGAUGCCCAACUAGGAGAAGAAAAAAAAGUAAAUCAGGUAGUGCUGAUCAACUAGGAUAAGAAAUCAGCCAAAGGAAAAGCAAACAUGGGUUGAGCACAUUUAAAACAUUUAAUUCUAUCCUGAUUCCAGAUUAAUUCACGAAAUUUCCGAGUCCCUACAUAGAAGUAACGUGAAAUCAGUACGUGUGUACGAAGGUUCGUAUUUACUUUGUCAUUUUCUCAAUUUUCUAGAAGUGGCCAUCCAAACCUCAUUAAAAAAUAUAUAUUUCCUUCUAGUUUCCCAUUACCAAGCAAAUAAUGAUAAAUCAGCAUUUAUUAAUACACACAGAGAUUUUCAGUAGAGUAAAAUUGUGCUUAAUGCAUGAAAAAUAAUUAUAUAUAUACAUAUAUAUACAUAUGUAUAUAUAUACAUAUAUAUAUAUAUGUAUGUGUGUGUUUGUAUGUAUCAUUGAAAUAUAACUAUACUUUGAAAACGAAGUUUUUUGCGAAACUGAGAUCUCUCCAAGAUAAAGAAGUUUGUUAUAAGUUAGUAAGAACUACACAUUAACGUAUUUAUAUGUUUUUAUCAUUAAUUUCAGUUAAGUGUAGGGCAUUUUUAGCUGAAACCGAUUUACGUUUUUAAUAUUCAAUUGCUGCAAGAAAAAAAACCUCAUAAUAAUAAAACAUUAAUGAAACCUGCCAGAAUUUGUAUAAUUUUCAUCCACAUAUAACUUCACAGCUAAAGUAUUACAUAAUAAUUAAAGUUGUUUGCGUUGAUUUUUAAAAAUUAUUUUCAGGCAAUUAAUAUCAGCUGAGAAUGUGUCAAAAUAAUUACAAGAAAUGUUUUAUGUAUUUUUGAAACAUAAAUACGGUUCCAUACGUUUCAAAGCUGUAAAUUUUACAAAUAUUUUUCUUUAUUGAUCAGUAAAUUCAGCGAUAUGAGUUAAUCUUUAUGAAGGAUCUUAUCAGAGGAUGUGGCUAUGACAAUGCUCAAAAGAUUGGUAUUGUGAAAAAUGUGUCUAAAUCAGGAUUAACACAAUAUUAGAUUAACUUUUCUUUAAAAAAUGUAUGUUCCCUCUGCCAUAAUGUUUAAUGCUAAUGAUUGUACCUACAACUAAUGGUAACCGUGUAUUAAUUAUUACAUUUACCGGUACUACAAAUAGUUAUUACGUAGAAUGACCACUUCUUAAGUUGUUGCGAAAUGUGAACCACAGUUAAAGAAAAUACAUUAGGUUUGAAAAUCAUGUUUUAUAUUUCAUAUUUUACAAAGAAUUCAAAAUAAUAGUGACAUUUACUCAUUCAGUAUAAUAUAUCAUACAAAAUAGAAAAAUGAGAAGAAAAACCAUAGGCUAUAACUGAUAGUAGAAACACAGUUUAUAUCAGCAUAGAGACCAAAAGACACGUAUAUUACUACUACAUACAAAACAAAUAAAUAACUAUAAUCAGUUCUUCGGAAUUCAUUGUAAACAAUAUUUUAAAAGGUAUGUCUCCACAGAAUUAAAAUAUAAACUUCAGAUAAAAUUAUAACCUUAUAAAAACUCAUGUACAGUUACUUCCAAAAAAAAAUUGUUUUCUUUCGUUUAACUUAAUGUUUUCGAUGUUAGAACAAAUUUGAACACAACAGAACAUUUUAUGGCAAUCGUCUAGAGUUUCAAAGAACAAAAAUAUCUUACUUCAAUUAUAUUUACAUUCAUUUAUCCCUUGCUUUUUCCGGGUCAGUUUUUGACGUCUUGAUUGCUGUUUCUCUGCCAAGCUUCUUUCAGCUUCCAAAAUGUAGCCUGGUUCUCUAAUGGCUCUGUCUAUGCUUUGAUUUGGCACCACUAUCUCAGGCAGAAAACACCUACGAUAAAAUCUAGUCAGUUUCGGCAACAUUUCUGUUUCCCGCAUGAGCUCAUCUCUUUCUACUCUUUCUACUUGUAAAUUCUGACGAACAACAGACAUUACCAUGAAGUAACAGUAUUCGCGCUAUGUAUGUUUAAAGUCCCUUGCAGCUCAUAAAAAUAAAGGUGUGAACGUUUAAUAAUUAAACUUCCGUUUCAUUGACACGUGGAAAAAACUUUCUUUUUCUUAUUGCAGUUUCUUGGAGCCCUUGGUCAAGUCCGUCAGGGCUAGCACUGAAAUAUCCGUAUUAGAGAUCCAAAAAUAAACCACACUUCUGUACAACUAAUCCGGUUUGUGCUUGAAACCUCUGAAUGGCAAUAUGCUCAUUGCGACCACCGUACUCCAUUGCCAGUGUCGAAAACGGGGGCAUGUAAAGUAGGUAACUGUUUAACAUGAUUUGAACAGGACAUAGAUUCUUUCCGGCGACAAACAACGCCGAAAUUACUGACUUUUAACCGCACACGUCUCAUUUUGUGCCAUAGCUCACAAUCAGCUAGCAUUUUUGUUCGUUUCACGAUAUUAGUUCUUUCUCCAAAAGUGACUUGCAGUGAUUCGAUGUAAUCAACAUUAAUUACAUAAGUUGUUUUGUCACAGAAAUAAUACUCCUAAAUAUACUAACUUGUGCACCUGUUAGAUGUCAGACAUGCAAUUAUAACAUGACAAUAAUAUACAUUUUUAAUACUAUUCAUUACUAUUAAAUAAAAAUAAACGUUAAUUAUAUAACGUUUUUCAGUCACAUUAUAGUAAAUAUAAGACGUGUGUAUAAUCACAAUGGCAAUCCAUCGGUGAGUGGGCAAAGGCGUCACCGAAACUCAGAAAUUCUAAAUUAUUACUACUUUUAACGUAAAUUGAUUUUUACAUUAAAUUAAAAUUUUUAAUAAAAUGUUUGUUUUACAUAGACGUAUAAAAUAAUUUAUUCAUGGUAAAAUUUAAAAAAUGAAUAACAUAAAGCAUAUUUUACAGAAAUAUUUCGGGAUUGUUUUCUCAGUUUCUGUUUUAUAAUCUAUUGUCGCUGAAAAUAAGUGCCAGCUCGUAAAAUUGACAGUAAAGAUUACAAAAAAAUUAUAGACAAAAUUGCAUCCUAAUAAAAAUGGUAUUUAUAGCUGCAUAUAAAAAUCAAAAUUGCCCCGCAUGCAUCCGCAAUUUUACGGCUAACAUUGUCACUAGAACAAAUGUGUAAUGUAUCAUUAAUACAUUUUCAAACUAUAGGCUUAUUUUUACGCAUAAAAUGAAACGUUAAAUUCGUUUGAAAUGGUUUUAGAGCAAAUAUAUUUAACAACUCUUACAAAUGUUAAAAAUUAAUUUCCAGUAUUCUGUUUUCAAUAAUAUUUUAAAAGUUUUACAGUAUGUCAAAUAUAAAUGUCUCAUAUCCGUGUAUAUAUAAUAUAUAUAUAACACAUGUACAUACUUUUUAUUUUUAGCAGUAGGCCUACGUGCCAGAAUCAUUUUCUUUUUUUGCGGAUUUCUUUCGCUUUGAUAAUUGUGGCCGUUUCUUGAGACAUUUUGUGCUGCCGAUAAUCGCACACUGCGUACCAAGACUUGAUAAAUUUCAUUGAAUAAGUCAUACGUAGUCGAGCGUCACACUAAUACUAAAAAAGAGAGAAUGAGUGACCUCGGUGAGACGCUGGCGCCAAACACCUUUCCCCAUCCCUUCCCCUCAUGCAAGGUAGCCGAGGGCGCAACUAACCACGGGCCUCAACGCCAUAAAAAAAUUUAUUACAAAAAGUUCUAAUUGACAGAAUGUGAGUGUCGCUAUAUUUUUUUAUCUACUCAGGUCUACCAAUAAUAUCAAAGUUUGAAGCAAACCUUCAUAAUGUAAUAGUUUGUGCGUCUUCAGAAACAUUUGCAUUUUCAGGAGAAGCCUAAACCUAAAGAUAGCAAAAGCUAUUCUAUGUUAUUUUUUAAACUCGUUAUUAAAAUAAAAAUUGAUCAAGUAUGUGUAGAUAUUCAGAUAGGAGUUUGAGAUCUGUGUCACAAUAAAUGUGAAGUUAAAAAUUUUAAUAAACAUUUGGUUUAGACAGGAUUGUUUCGAUGAAGCGUCGGUGUGCAUAACAGUGUGACAUAAAAUCCUCCUAAAUUAUAUACGAAAAAACGACCACAGAAAAAGCUAUUUAAAAUAAUGAACAAAUUUAAUUUGUGAAGACGAACUGCGCGAGAACAAUUUAUACUGUUUUUAAUACAUGACCAUCAUGCUAUCAGUUUUUGUUUUUAUUUUCUGUCCUGUAAAGAGUUAAACACUAACCAGUGAAGUUGUAAAUGCAGAACUGUCAGAAAUGUCAGUACCUCGCGCGCAAGGCGUGACAGAUGACUAGUCCGUGUCCGUCUCCCUGGCUCACAGUCGCGAGGGGUGGGUGACCUUCCAGGAAGGAGCUGGCAACAUGGCAGCCUGUCUCCGCCACCUAGCGCGUCAUCCUCUUCCCCCCUGGCACCCCUCGCCCACAACCACGUGCUGGGCCUCGCGGCCUCAAUGUUUCCAUUACAAAUAAUCAUCCUGUGACUAUGUUUUUAAAGAUAGAGUAUCAGUCCCGCUGACUUUUUUAAAGAAUUCAACUCAGUCAAGGUUCCAGUACAGCCGUUUAAGCGAUUAAAUGAAUAGCCUGAAAAAUAUGAUACUUUGAAUAUUAUAUCACAUAAUAUCACCAUCUUGAAAUAAAAAAUUAAAACUUUUAAAGAUAUAGCGCUGUUAAGGUCUUCAAAAUCUACAACAUAGCUUUUGUUUGACGCCGUUUUCACAAAAAUUGUAGAAAUCGCGCGGGAAUUUGUUUUGCAUGUAAAUGCCUAUACCGCGGCCGGAGUGAAUUUGGUUGAAGCCCGGCCUUAACGAAUAUGACCGUGGAAGGUAGGGAUUGUCAACGUCUCGGAGUGUACAUAGAUAUUAUCUUUAAAGUUAUCUUUAAAAGAUUUGUGCAAUGGGAGCGCAUGACUUGAUGUAAGUUUUUGGACAUACGCCAUUGCUAAGAACUUUUUCUGUUGAAGAAAAACUAAUAAAUAAAAUAAAUAAAAAUACACAAGAAAGACAAAAAACACACAAAAUUAAGCAAACAAUUGCUGUUGUCAACAAGAAUAUAAACACCACAAAAUAUUCCGAAACAGAAAUAUGGUCAACAAACAAAGAAAAAACAAAGAAAAAGAAAAAAGUACUAAGUGAACAAAAAAACACACAAAUGAUAACAAAACAAAAAUAUUGAAACCAAAAUAAUUCAGCACAACAGUUGAAACGAGACAAAAACACGACAAAACGAAAAGACAAAAAAUACAAUAGUUUUACCAAAACAGAAACAAGCGACGUUUCGGGAACUGCUAUCUGCUCCCAUCCUCAGGCAGAGACGCACAUGGUACGGAAACACAGGUGCGACUGAGAAGGGGCUGGAAAAUGAGGGUAUUUAUCAGAGAAAGGGCUACAUCUUGCUCAGCCAAUGACAGACGAGCUGUCUCCCCAUUGGCUGUGCACCAUGUAGUUAAAGCGGAUUGGUUAUGGUGGGUUGAGUAUUGGCUAUUGUUUUGUGCUGCAGGGAUGUUUCUCUCUUUAUCAAAGGGAUCCACAUAUUUUUUAAUUCAAUGCUCUGCUGGCUGAAAAUAUUUUUAUUGCUAAUAAUGAAGGCUGAUUCUUUGAUUUUCCUUUUUAUUUUAUCAUAUUCCUGUAUGAGUGGUGUGGAGUCUUCCCAGAGAAUUUUGUGGCUAUUUUCCCAUGUAUGUUCAGCAAGUCUGGAUACACUCGCCUCAUAAUAUUUGCUUGCUUUGUGAAUUGUGCUCGUACAUACAUAACUGCCCCGUUUACUAUUUACAGUAUUUACCCCUUUCAAUUCAAUUACUUACUGUACAAUUUAUCCUGUUAAGUUAACGUCGUGAAUGGUAUUAUUGUCACAAUAUUUACCAUGGCCACAGCCAAAUCACACACGUGAUUUCUUCGCACAAAAUAUUUAGUUUAAAAAUAAAUGCAUUUUUAAAGCUGUCACAAUUCACAAUAUGGCAUAUGUUACUUAUAUUAGUAAAUGUAAGUCUGAAAAAAAAAUUGGACAUGGUAUCGUAGAAACGAUGCGCCUAACUAAUUUUCACUGUGUUCCGUAUGUCGGCCAUGUUUGUUAUGUAUGAUGUGAGGUUGGAACGGACAACACGCACAAAUACACAAUAGCGCCAUCGGUUCACAUUCCACUGCCGCUACAUAGUUCCCUUUCUCAAAGGAUUGAGAAAAGUAGGCUCACGUGAUGCUAAUUAGUAAUUAAUAAACUGAAAUGGUGAUUAUUUGGCAUUUUUUAAAAUUUAGUUCUUUUUAGUCAUUAACGGGAGUUAUUAAAAUAAAAUACCAAAUUGCAACCAUAAUGUUUGCACAAGUGACGAUCAGAAUUGAAGUUGGCAACACUGCAAAAGUAAUUCAUGAAUAUUGAAUACUGCAGUUUUUUUUUUCCGUAGACAAUGGCCAUUAACGUAAACACAUUGUAGUUUAGCUUUGUAUUUUGAUUGUUGAUCAACAUAAUGAUGUCUUCAAGAUUGAAAAGUGACAUAUGGAAAUUUUUCUCGGUGGAUUUAAUAAGUGAAUCUAAAGCAAAAUGCUUAAUAUGUGGAACACUCAUCUCACGAGGCAGUUGCGGGAACCGGAAGUCAUACACAACUACAAACAUGUGGAACCACGCAAAAAAAUUUCAUUCCAGUGAAGUGAUUUCAGAAAAAAUAAAUAAAAGUUGGGAAAGUGAAGUAGAUGAUCAUGAUGUCACUCCUAGACCACCUGAAAAACGUGCACUGUCACAAACAAAACUACCAGCCAUGGUAUCAAAAAAAAUAAUGUAUUUGCCCACUGAUCCAAGAGCACAAGAAAUGACUCAAGCUGUUGCAGAAAUGAUCUGUGUUGACAUGCAGCCAGUGGAUAUUGUCAACAACAAAUGGUUUAAGCUACUAAUGGAGAAAGCAGUACCAAAGUAUGAACUUCCUUCCAGGAAACAUUUGAGUACUGUAGUUAUACCAUCUAUGGUUGAGGAUGUUAAACGACGAGUAAAAACAGAACGGCAUUCAAGUAGGAAUAUUUAGUAAAAUGCUAUUUUUUAUUUCAACUUUACGCAAAAACUGAUAAUCGGUAAUCGUAAUCGGUAAUUGCAAUUAUUAGUGUAGUAAUCGGUAAUCGGCAAAGUAUAAUCGGUGCAUCACUACCAAAUCUAGAUAAAGUAUUUAUACAAAUUUCUAUGAAUGGAUUUCAUGGUAGAUUAUUUAAUAAGAACAUUUUGUUAAGGUGUUAAAAAGUGAGAUAUGUGUGUUGUGAUACUUGCAGGCUCUUGCAGUGCAGUUUGGCACGGACGAGCUGCCAGUGUUGUCGUGCGUCCGAGCCCGGGGCUCGCUGGAUGUCAGCUCACAGACCUUUUCUCUGUUUCCAAAACAUCAUUUCAAUUGUAAUUGUUGGGUUGAGUUCUGUUUUGUGUUGAAACAGUUUGAACAAUAAGGAUAGAAAUACAUAAAAUGUUUAAGUAAUUUAUGUUGUAAAUGUUUUGUGCACAAAUGAAAAUACUGAUGAUUUGUGAUAGUAA